AAUUCAUCAAAAAAUGUAAAUACAGACAAAUCUAACAAUGUGUGGAUAGGUUUAUUUAUUAAGUUUUGUGAAGCCCGUGGUUAUUUAAAUGAAAUUGUUGAAUUGGAUAAUAAAACAUUAUCUGAACAAUUAGGACAAUUUUUAGUAGAAGUAAGAAAAUCUAAUGGUCAAGAAUAUAAAGCAUCAUCACUAUAUACUGGAUUUUGUGCAUUAGCAAGAGGAAUUUCUGAAAUAUUUGAGAAAAUUAGAGUUGUGAACUUAUUUGAUACUUCUCAAUUUAAAAGUUUACAUAGAACUUUGGAUAGUCAUAUAAAAUCAAUCGCUAAUCUAGGAUAA